AUGUCUUCUUUAUCUAACUUUCAUGUCACUACACCACCCUGGACACCUGCAUCCGAAAGUUUCAACAGUAGCGACUCGCCUCCUUCUUCAAAUUCCGAGAACGAUUCUGACUAUUUGCCAGAUUCUAGAACCCGUUUAGAACGACAGAUGAAAAAAGCUAAAAAACAAACGACUCAAAAACGGCAAGAGAAGGGUCGAAAAACGAGUCGAAAACAGGAUCAGCUAAGCAUGGAAUCAGACAUGGACUCAGAAAUACUAACCGUUCAUGAGAAAGUUGUCAUGUCGGCUACAAAAAGACCAGAAAAUGAUCGAAAAGUUGCGACGUGGGCAGAUGAUGGUAAUGUGGAUCAAUAUCGGCGUCGAGUGCGUGAAUUACGUCAAGAAUUUCAACAUUCCGUGACUGAAAAUCGCAAAACAUUUUACAAUUCUCCAAGACCUUCUUUUGAUGAUAAGGUGAACGUUACGGAACAUGAUGAGAGAGAGACAGAAAAUCAAGUGGAGAAGAUGGGACAGGAUCAAUUUUAUUCGCCAUGGGAUGUCAUUGAAACAACAUCAGGACUCUUAGUACCAACUUACGUGAUGCAUCAAUUGCUACCACAUCAACGAGAAUGUCUCGAGUGGCUACAUAAACUUCAUGAAAGAGGUGUUGGUGGGAUCCUAGGCGAUGAUAUGGGUCUUGGAAAAACAGUGCAGCUUGCAGCCUUUUUUAGGAUCACUCCAUCGUGCAAGAAGAUUGCAAACUGUGUUGUUGUUAUGUCCAGCGUCAGUGUUAUUGCAGUGGGAACAGGUGUAAACACGUCAAGUUCAAGUGAGUGUUAUGAACGUUUGAUUGAAGAGGUGUUUUGCUUUCAAGAUGAAGCAUCGGAUGCUGAAGUUGCAGAUAGUGGCUAUCGUGAAAUACAAGAAGAGGUGCCGACUGGUGGUGGUGUGAUCAUUACUACAUAUGAGAAUGUUCGACAGUAUCAGAGCUUGUUUCUUACGCGCGAGUGGGACUAUGUUGUGUUGGAUGAAGGACACCGUAUACGCAACCCAGAUGCUGGAACGACCCUCGCUUGCAAACAGUUGCGAACAAUCCAUCGUAUUAUUCUCUCUGGCACACCAAUUCAGAACCGACUUCGCGAGCUUUGGUCGCUAUUUGACUUUGUAUAUCCAGGACGUUUAGGUACCUUGCCAACCUUUGACGACGAGUUUGUGCUGCCGAUACGAGCUGGAGGAUAUGCUACAGCAACCAAGAUGCAGGUCAUGAUGGCGUACAAGUGUGCACUUGCCUUAAAAGAUCUCAUCCAGCCGUUUUUUCUCCGCCGUACAAAGCAAGAGAUACUGGCUCAUGGUGCCAGUGGCGAAAUGGGUGCAUUGCUUCCUGGAAAACAAGAACAGAUUAUAUUUUGCCGACUUACAGCGAGACAGCGCACAUUAUAUAAGCGUUUCUUAGCCUCACCUGAGAUCGCGUCGGUAUUGCGUCGAGAUAUUCGACCAUUUCGGGCCAUUUCCGUACUGCGGCAUAUUUGCAACCACCCGGACUUGCUGGCCUCGUUUGGUGAUGGAAGAUUGGCGGAUAAGAAACGGCAAACUUAUGAGGACGAGGAGGACAGUGAUGAACGCUAUACCGACAUUGCUGGUUUAUUGGAUGACCCUGAAGACGAAAAAAUAGACGAAAGUAACGAACCUUUUGGCGCAGUAUCGGCUAGUGGAAAAAUGGUUGUUUUGCGCAAGGUGCUAACAAUAUGGAAAAAGCAGGGUCACCGAGUAUUGAUCUUUACACAAACACGCUGUAUGCUGGAUAUUUUAGAAAGCUUUAUGGCAAGUGUUGGUCAUACAUGUACUCGUCUUGAUGGAACGAUGGGUGUAGCAGAGCGACAAAAGCGACUUGAUGCAUUCAACGCGCCUGACAGCAAACUUUUUGCGUUUCUGUUGACAACUCGUGCUGGUGGUAUUGGUGUAAACUUGGUUGGUGCCGACCGUGUUGUGGUAUUUGAUCCUGACUGGAAUCCGUCAACGGAUCUUCAGGCUCGUGAACGCGCUUGGCGCAUUGGCCAGCAAAAACCGGUGACUGUGUAUCGAUUUGUUACUGCUGGAACGAUCGAAGAGAAAAUCUAUCACCGACAGAUUUUCAAACAGUACCUUAGUAGCAAGGUAUUGCACGAUGCCAAGCGAAAACGGUGUUUCAACAAGCACUCACUGCGAGAUUUAUUUGUGCUAGCGGAUGAGGAAGGAGAGGGAGAGGGAGUUGCGGAGACGAACGAGUUGUUUAUCGCUGGUAACGUGGAUCGGCCUGCUGAGCGGGACGAUAGCGAAAAGGAAGAUGAAGAAAGUGGCCAGCAAUCUGGAAACAGUAAAAGCAACAAGGAUGAUGGCGACAAUGACGUUGUGCUGAGACAAUUGUUUGACGGUGGCGAUGUGCGCGGCGUGUUUGAUCACUCGGCGGUUGAGUCCCAUGGCGUGCAAAACCAAGAAGCCGAUUUAGUGGAGAUAGAGGCGACGAAAAUUGCGCAAGGGGCACUGAUUGCACUUCGCGCAUCUGGUGCUCUUGUACGACAACAGCGCGAGACUAUCUAUACACCAACAUGGACAGGCCGAUCAGGUGCAGCUGGAGAUCCAUGUCAACGGCAUGAGCCAAAUGGAUCCGUUCGUGGUCGUACUACCUUACGAGGUCGUGGUCGGGGUCGAGGUUCUGGAAAAAGUGGACGAAAUGGUGGACUUUCAUCACGUGAUAUGCUUGCAAGGAUUAAACAGAGACGUGAUGGUAUUGCAAAUCCGACAAAUCAAGUUCAUGUUCGACCUCACUCUCGAGCCUCUGACCUUUGUCAUGCCUCAAAUUCUGUAUCAUUGAAUGCAAGCGACAUGGCCAAGCGUUUGCAUUCAUUUUUGAUUGCCAAUGAGACGAAAGGGGUGACAACCGAACGGCUUUUGAACCAUUUUGGUCAUGUGAUUGGACCCAAGGAUAAACUCGUUUUUCGUCAUGUUUUACGUGAUAUGGCGAUCUGUCGAGGUCGUUGUUGGACAUUAAAGUCGUCGUAUGCUACAACAAUCGACUCGUAA